AUGAAGGCUUCCGUCGCUGCUUCCAUCUUGGCUUUCGCCGCCGCCGCCGCUGCUGGCCCCUCCUACAAGGCUCCCACCAGCUUCUCCAGCCUUACCAAGCGCGCCACUAUCUCCAUCCCUUCCUCCCAGGGCACUGAGACCCUCAGCGAGACCCAGGAGGUCACUGGCUCCUUCGACGGUGGCCUCAAGACCUACGGCCGUGGUGUCAGCUGCACUGGUCAGGCCGAGGGCGGUGACUCUGACGCCGUCUUCUCGCUCGCUGACGGUGCCACUCUCAAGAACGUCAUCAUCGGCGAGGACCAGAUUGAGGGUAUCCACUGCCAGGGUUCCUGCACUCUCGAGAACGUCUGGUGGGCCGCAGUCUGCGAGGAUGCUCUCACUCUGAAGAAGGACGGUGACGCCACCAUCACCGGUGGAGGUGCCACUGGCGCCGAGGACAAGGUCAUCCAGCACAACGGUGCCGGUACCGUUACCAUUGACGGCUUCGAGGUCGCCGACUUCGGCAAGCUCUACCGCUCCUGCGGAAACUGCAAGGAGAGCGCCGAGCGUCACGUUGUCGUCAAGAACGUCAAGGCGUACAGCGGCAAGCUCCUCGUCGGCAUCAACCCCAACUUCGGCGACACCGCCACCAUCGAUAGUGCUACCUGCGCUACCGACGUCAAGGAGAUCUGCGAGGAGUUCGAGGGUACCACUCCCGGCAACGAGCCCGAGUCCGUCUCCACUGGUGCUUCCGAUACCUGCGUAUUCAGCACUGUGGCUUCUUGCUAA